UUCAACCGCGGUGAACUGUUGUCCUACUCACACUGCAGCGGGUGGUCCAAGAAUUGUCCGAAAUCUUGCUCUGUGGGCGCAUAACCAGAGCUGCCUCUCAGUAGAGCCGGUACACCAGGAUUGAAGGGGUGCAGCGCACCCAAGCAGCCCAAAACAGCGGGGGCUGGGCUUGUUCCGAUUGUUAGCGUGUUGGCUGCAUAGCUGAGGACUUCGUCUUUCUCCAGCACUUUGUUUCACUGGGGAUUUCGUCCUAUCGGCUACGAAAUCGUCUAUUCGGUCAGCAGCAAAAAAACGGUCAAAUUGAUUGUUUUUGGGGGGUUCGCACCAGAUGACCCGCGGCUUUCUCGGUUCCUGUGGGAGAUCUGUGCAUGGCAAAGAAGCGCCAGGAGGGGGGCUAGGCCUGUGCUUUGCCUGUGGACGUCCCGGCAGCCGCGACGGGUGCUCGAGCAGGUGAAAGCACGUUAGACAGGGGAAAAUUGGGCGGAGCUGGGCGAGUGGUUUGCCAUAGUCUAGUAGGGGAAGAGUGGCCUCAUGAGCGCGACCUCUGUGGAGACCCUCUCAAGGUGCGAGCUCUUCUGGAACACGUGGAUGUAAAAGGCGGCGUGCUCGAUUGCUGUGGCGCCGGACAGGACGCAGUCAGCACGGUGCUGACAGCGCGCGGUCUUCGUGUUGCUACGAACGACUUAAGCCCCACAUAAGCAUAUGUGUGUCUUGCGGCCUCUUUCGAGGCCACCACGCGCGGGUGUACAUGCUGGCUUCCUAGACUCCGAGCCCCCCACCCUGCUGGCAGGUCUACCGUUGUCUAAAAAAUCACACCACGGUUGAUUUAUUGUCUGCAUGAACGAAGUGUUUCAUAGCGUUUUGUUUCUUGGCAGCGUGAACGAUGUGUUUCACGAUUUUUUAUUUUAUUUUUUACAGGGAAGUGAUGUGUCCCAAAACACAGCGCUUCUGGCAAGUACCUGGACGAAAAAUCCCCAGAAACUGAUGAAGCUUUUAUAAAUCCCAAACAAUACUGUAUAACUAACACAACCCCAACUCCCGGUCUUUCC